AUGGCCAUUCCCCCUGCUCGGGUGCCCAGCUGUCCCCCCAGGGCCUCUGGAUUCCGCGGUGGCAUUGACCUGGGGCCACCUGGUGCCGCGUCCCUUGAGCCUGGGCAGAUGCUGGCCACCUGUGUCGAGGACGAGGACCGAGGCGUGGCACCACGCAGUGGCCCAGCACAUCUGGGCUCCCUGUCCUCCCGAGGGAGGUCAUCGACCCGGCCAGAGGUGGCCAGCAUAGAGCCGCUGGGCCCCAGCGACCAACCGUGCUCCCAGAAGGCCGUGGUGCAGGCCCGCCUGACCCAGCCCGCCCGCCUGACCAGCAUCAUCUUGGCAGAGGACAUCACCACAGGCCAGGUGCUGCGCUGCGACGCCAUCGUCGACCUCAUCCACGGGAUCCAGAUCGUGUCCACCACCCGGGAGCUCUACCUGGAGGAUUCCCCGCUGGAGCUCAAGAUCCAGGCCCUGGACUCGGAAGGCAACACCUUCAGCACCCUGGCCGGGCUGGUCUUUGAGUGGACCAUCGUGACGGACACCGAGGUGGAGGGCUUCUCAGACUCCCACAAUGCACUGCGCAUCCUCACCUUCUCGGAGUCCACGUACACACCCCCGUCCUACAUCUCCCAGAUGGAGAAGGCGGCCAAGCAGGGGGACACCAUCCUGGUGUCCGGCAUGAAGACCGGGAGCUCCAAGCUGAGGGCGCACAUCCAGGAGGCCGUCUACGGGAACGUCCGCCCCGCGGAGGUCCGGCUGCUGAUCCUGGAGAACAUCCUGCUGAGCCCCGCGUCCGACGUCUACCUGCUGGUGGGGACCUCCCUGCGCUACAGGGUGCAGAAGAUCAGGCAGGGGACCAUCACAGAGCUCUCGAUGCCCUCGGAUCAGUACGAGCUGCAGCUUCAGGACUGUGUCCCGGGCCCCGGAGGAGACGCUACCCGGCCUGUGGCCGUCCUGGCCCAGGACACAUCCACGGUCACCGCGGUGCAGCUGGGACGGAGCAGCCUUGUCCUUGACUACCGGAGCAUCCGCAUGCAGGGCGCGACCAGGCUGCCCAACGGCACCAUCUACGUGGUGGAACCCGGGUACCUGGGGUUUGCAGUCCACCCUGGUGACCGGUGGGUCCUGGAGACCGGCCGCCUGUACGAGGUCACCAUCGAAGUGUUUGACAAGUCCGGCAACAAGGUCCACCUCUCUGAUAACAUCCGGAUCGAAGCCGUGUUUCCCCACGAGUUCCUGGAGGUCCUCUCGUCGUCCCCGAACGGGUCGCACCAUCACGUCCGGGCAGCGCAGCGGGGACAGGCCACCCUCCGCGCGGCGCUCACCUCCGUGGUGGACGAGGACGGAGGGGUGCACAUGCUCCCGGUGCCCGUGUGGAGCCAGCAGGAGGUGGACAUCCACGUCCCCAUCACCCUCCACCCCAGCAUCUUGACGUUCCCGUGGCAGCCCAAGACUGGCGCCUACCAGUACACCAUCCAGGCCCACGGGGGCAGCGGGAAUUUCACCUGGUCUUCCUCCCGCCACUCGGUGGCCACCGUCACCGCCAAGGGCGUGAUGACCACGGGCAGCGACACGGGCCUCAGUGUGGUCCGGGCGCAGGACGUCCAGAACCCCCUGCAUUUCGGUGAGAUGAAGGUGUAUGUGAUCGAGCCCAGCAGCAUGGACUUCGCCCCUUGCCGGGUGGAGGCGCGAGUGGGCCAGACCCUGGAUCUGCCCCUGAGGAUCAAUGGCCUCAUGCCCAGUGGGGACAGCAAGGUGGUCACCCUCAGCGACUGCUCCCACUUCGACUUGGCGGUGGAGGUGGAGAAGCGGGGCGUGUUCCAGCCCCUCCCAGGGCGGCUGUCCCCAGGGCCGGAGCACUGUGGAGGCGUCCGGGUGAAGGCCGAGGCCCGGGGCUCCACCACGCUCCUGGUGAGCUACACGCAUGGCCACGUCCACCUGAGCGCCAGCCUCACCAUCGCCGCCUACCUGCCCCUCAGGGCCAUGGACCCGUCCUCCGUCGCUGUGGUCACCCUGGGCUCCUCAAAGGACAUGCUGUUUGAAGGAGGCCCCCGGCCCUGGGUCCUGGAGCCAGCCAGGUUCUUCCGGAACGUCACCUCUGAGGACGGGGACAGCAUCGGCCUGGCCCUCCUGGGCCCGCCCGCCUCCCGGAGCCACCAGCAGCACAGCAUCCGCGCCACCUGCCGGGCCCUGGGCGAGCAGGUCAUCGCCCUCUCCGUGGGGAACCAGCCCGGCCUCACCAACCCUUUCCCCGCCGUGGAGUCCGCCGUGGUGAAGGUCGUCUGCGCCCCGCCGUCCAGGAUCAGCCUCACGCCCGUCCACGCCGGCCCCCCGCUGGACCCGUCCUGUCCACGGCUGCAGCACGACAAGCAGGUGGUUCCUGUCUCCAGCCACCGCAACCCCCUGCUGGACCUGGCGGCCUAUGACCAGCAGGGCCGCCAAUUCGACAACUUCAGCUCCCUGAGUGUCCAGUGGGAAUCCACCCGGCCCUCGCUGGCCAGCAUCGAGCUGGACCUGCCCAUGCAGCUGGUGUCCCGGGACGACGGGAGUGGCCAGAGGAAGUUCCACGGUUUGCAGGCCAUUGCUGUCCAUGAGGCGUCGGGGACCACCGCCAUCUCAGCCACGGUGACCGGCUACCAGCUGUCCCACCUCAGUGCGGCCAGAGUGAAGCCGCUGCCCGGCCCGCCUGCGCCCGUGUCCGCCUCGGUGGAGCUGGUCCUGGUGGAGGACGUGCGUGUGGAUCCGGACGUGGUGACCCUCUAUAACCACCCUGAUGUCCAGGCGGAGCUGCACGUCAAGGAGGGCUCCGGCUACUUCUUCCUCAACACGAGCGCGGCCAACGUGGUCAAGGUGGCCUACCAGGAGGCCAGGGGCAUCGCCACGGUGCACCCCUUGCUCCCCGGCUCGGCUACCGUCCUGAUCCACGACCUGUGCCUGCCCUUCCUGGCCCCGGCCAAGGCCACGGUCCAUGUCUCAGACAUCCACGAGCUGUACGUCCGCGUGGUGGACAAGGUGGAGAUUGGGAAGACGGUCAAGGCCCACGUCCGAGUGCUGGACUUUUACAAGAAGCCUUUCCUGGCCAAGUACUUUGCCUUCAUGGACCUCAAGCUGCGGGCGGCCUCCCAGAUCGUCACCCUGGUGGCCCUGGACGAAGCCCUGGACAGCUACACGGCUGCGUUCCUGGUGCACGGCGCGGCCAUCGGCCAGACCAGCCUGACCGCCAGCGUGACCGAUGUCGCCGGACAGAGGAUCAGCUCGACCCCGCAGCAGAUCGAAGUCUUCCCCCCGUUCCGGCUGAUUCCCAGGAAGGUGACGCUGAUCAUCGGGGCCACGAUGCAGGUCACCUCCGAGGGCGGUCCCCAGCCGCAGUCCCACAUCCUCUUCUCGGUCAGCAACGCCAGCGUGGCCGCCGUGGGCAGCACGGGGCUGGUCCGUGGCCUGGCCGUGGGCAGCGGCACCGUGUCGGGCGUCGUGCAGGCGGCGGACGCGGACACCGGGAGGGUCAUCGUGGUCUCCCAGGACCUGGUGGAGCUGGAGGUGGUGCAGCUGCGGGCGGUGAGGAUCCGCGCGCCCAUCACGCGCAUGAGGACGGGCACCCAGAUGCCCGUCUAUGUCACCGGGAUCACCAACAACCAGAGCCCUUUCUCCUUUGCCAACGCCGUGCCAGGCCUGACCUUCCACUGGUCGGUCACCAAGCGCGACGUUCUGGAGCUCCGCGGACGGCACCACGAGGCGUCCAUCCAGCUGCCCUCGCAGUACAACUUCGCCAUGAGCCUGCUCGGCCGGGCCAAGGGCCGCACGGGGCUGAGGGUGGUGGUCAAGGCCCUGGACCCCUCGGCGGGGCAGCUGCACGGCCUUGCCAAGGAGCUGUCGGACGAGAUCCAGGUCCAGGUUUUCGAGAAGCUGCGGCUGCUGAACCCCGAGAUAGAAGCAGAACAAAUAUUAAUGUCCCCCAACUCGUUUAUCAAGCUCCAGACAAACAGGGACGGUGCCGCGGCUCUUUGCUACCGUGUCCUGGAGGGGCCUGAGAGGGUUCCCGUGGUGCAUGCCGAUGAGAGGGGCUUCCUGGUGUCCGGCUCUGUGAUGGGGACGUCCACUGUCGAAGUGACCGCCCAGGAGCCUUUCGGGGCCAACCAGACCCUUAUCAUUGCCGUGAAGGUGUCCCCUGUCUCCUACCUGAGGAUGUCCAUGAGCCCCGUGCUGCACAUCCAGGACAAGGAGGCCCUGGCGGCCCUGCCCCUGGGGAUGACCGUGACCUUCACCGUCCACUUUCACGACCACUCUGGACACGUCUUCCACGCGCACAGUUCGGUCCUCAGCUUCGCCACCAACAGAGAGGACUUCGUGCAGGUGACCAAGGGCACCACCAACAACACCUGUGUCCUGCGCACGGUCGGCGUGGGCCUGACGCUGCUGCACGUGUGGGACCCCGAGCACCCGGGCCUCUCCGACUACGUGCCGCUGCCCGUCCUGCCGGCCAUCGCUCCAGAGCUGCCCGGCACCGUGGUGCUCGGGGAUGUCCUCUGCCUGGCCACCGCGCUCACCGGCCCCGAGGGUGCCCCAGGAACCUGGAGCUCUUCAGCCGACAGCAUCCUCCAGGUGGACCCCAAGACGGGGGUGGCCGUGGCCCGGGACGCGGGACCCGUGACGGUGCACUACGAGGUCCCUGGGCACCUGAGGACCUACAAGGAGGUUGUGGUCACUGUCCCCCAGAGGAUCGUGGCCCGGCGUGUCCACACGGCCCAGGCCAGCUUCCAGGAGGCCACAGCCUCCAGAGUGACCGUCACCGUGGGCGACAGAAGCUCUAACCUGAGAGGCGAUUGCUCUGCUGCCCAGCGGGCGGCCAUCCCGGCCCUGCGGCCCGAGGCCCUCCUGGGCUGCCAGCUCCGGUUCCAGCAGGACGUCUUCGACCUCCCGGCGACAGACGUGUUCUCGGCCGAGCCGGACUUCGACGUCACACUGGGCCAGUACCUCUGCGCGGUCACCAUGCACAGGCUGACCGACGGGCAGCUGCGGCACUUGAGCUCGAAGAGGACGUCCCUGGUGGUCACAGCCUCGGUGGCUGGGGGCCAGGCCCCCAUGGAGCAGGUGGGGGCCGAGGUGCCCUUCAGCCCCGGGCUGUACGCUGACCAGACCGAGAUCCUCCUGAGCAACCACCUGUCCAGCCGCGAGGUCAAGGUCUUCGGGGCCGCGGAGAUCCUGGACAGCUUGGAGGUCAGGUCUGGGUCCCCUGCGGUAGUGGCCUUCAUGAAGGACAAGUCCCCGGGGCUGCCCAGCUCCGUCACCUACACGGUCGGCGUCUCGGACCCCAAGGCGGGCAGCCAGGGUCCUCUGUCCACCGCCCUGACCUUCUCCAGCCCUGCCACUAACCAGGCCCUCACCAUCCCGGUGACGGUGGCCCUGGUCCUGGAUCGCCGUGCGGCUGGCCCUUACGGGGCCGGCCUCUUCCAGCACCUCCUGGACUCCUACCAGGCCCUGUUCUUCUCCCUCUUCACCCUGCUGGCCGGGACGGCCGUCACCGUCAUAGCCUACCACGCGGUCUACGCGCCCCGGGAGCUCGCCGGCCCCGUGGUCCUCACGCCCCGAGGCAGCCCUGGGCACAGUCCCCACUAUCCAGCGGCCUCCUCUCCGGCCUCCUUCAGUGCCCUGCCUCCUGGUCGCAGAGGCAGCCCCCGCUCGGGGCUCUGGAGCCCAGCCUACGCCUCCCACUAGCUCCCGAGCGCCCCGUGGGUAGGAGCCCGCGGUCAGUGUGCCGUGUCCCUCCUCCUUCGAGCCCCGCGGCCCACUCCCUGUGGCCACCAGGAGCCGGGACACCCUCGUGUUUGUUUUCCUUGUGGCUAAAGGCGAGUCACCCGCGUGUCACCCUCGUGGUCUCAGGGAAGGGCUCCCUGGUGACGCUGGGGCUUGUGGGGCGCCUGGUCUGUGUGUCUCCUGCCCCGUGGGGACUCUCCCUGUGGCAGCUGCUACGACAGGCCAGGGACCAGGGACGGCCCACCUCAGGAACUGUCCCCAGCCGCCACCAGGAGCCGAGCCAGUGGGACACCAGAGCCCAGAGCCAGGCACCCGGGGCGGCUCCGUCCCCUCCGGGGGCCACUGUGACAGUGGCUCUGUGUCUUUGUAGAAACUCCUGGUUCCGCGUGACCUCUGUCCCCCCCCCCCCCGGAUACCCUGAGCCGUCCCUGGAGUGUCCUUGAGCCUCCAUGGGACCUUCUGCUGUCCCUGCGGCUCCUGUGCCGCGCUCAAUACCUCGGUCCACCUGAGCCGGACACAGCCUCGGUGUCCCCCAGCUGCAGUGUCCCCUCCUGCCCGAGAUCCCCUCCCCCGCCCUGCACUGCCGGGCAGCCUCCUGGGGGCCCCGAGCCCACCCUGGCCUCGAGGAGGCUGGGCGGCCGCCCAGGACCUGCCCUCCAGGAGGGGACGCCACCAGAGGACGGCUCAGACCCCGCUGUGCCCAGCGCCUCCUCCAGGUCUGGGGCAGGGGAGGGCAGGCCCUGCAUCCGGGCUGUGCACUGUGCGCCUGGAGCCAGCCACACCUGCACGCCACGCGUCUGCUGAGUGCUCAGCCUUUCGGGUCCAGCGGGGGCCCACCGUGGGGCUGGGCACAGCACUGACUGCCCUGCAGCUGGGGACGGGGACCUUUGUGCCUUGCCUGUUACUUGAGCUCACACCGACCACCUGGAUGUCGCCGAGCCCGGCUCCUGGUGUGGUCAAUAAAGUUCUGUGUUUGUUCUCAC